GACCUGAGACCACUGUCGCUAACUCCUCUAGUCCUUGUCCUGCCCUCGCCAGAAGACUGUUGACCUGAGAGGGCUGGGCAAGGACGGAGUUUCCUGCUGCAUAACAACACCACAGAAGGACAGAAAGGAGUGAGCUAUGUCUAUUGUGGUGAAGUCUUUUAACUGUAGUUGUUUAGCCUUUUCAUUGAGUGUACUUGUCCAUGCAUUUAUGGUCUAGAGAAGCCAGGGUCGUCUGGGUCUCUUACAUAGAAGUUCAUAAGGAACCAUAGCCCAGUGCAGACACAAUGCGGUGUUCCACCAGGCGGGGCUUCAAAAUCUCUGUGGCCAUGGUGUUCCUGUGGGUCUUCAUCACCCUGAGAAUACCUGAGGAAAUGGAAGAUAUCCAAAAGGUGAUCAGACUUGGCAGUAAGAAGAACCCCAAAUCCUUAGAAGACUGGCAGGCCAUUACCUACAAAUAUUUGGAAAAAAUCCACCAGAGAAAAAAGACAUGGCUGACAGUGGGGAUCACCUCGGUGCCACGACAGGGCCAAGGUGGCCUCUUGGAUACAUUGGCCUCCCUGUACCAUGCCUCCUCUGCAGCUGAGCAGAAACGGAUGACCGUGCUGGUUCACCUGGCAGAUUCUGAUUCCACCUGGCUCAGGAAAACUGUUCUCCAUAUCUCCAGCCUCUACAGCUCCCAGAUCUUGACAGGGCAAUUGCUGCUGAUCCAUGCCCCAUCCGAUGCCUACCCCACUGUGAACAGCACCCAGGAUGGGCUCUCUCAGGCGCAGGUGUACUCCAAGCAGAACAUAGCUCAUGCCUUCCUCAUGAGCUUUGCCCCGAAGCUCUCCACUUACUUCCUGUUGAUAGAGGACGAUGUCUUCUGUGCCCCUAACUUUGUCAGCCACAUUCACUCAAAGGUGAGCAACAGGAAGCCCCACACCUGGGUGCUCCUGGAGUUCUCUAAUAUGGGCUUCCUUGGCAAACUUUUCCACAGCAGGGACCUUCCACUCCUGGCCCACUUCCUCCUCCUCUUCCACAAGGAGCGACCGCUGGACUGGCUGAUCCUUCACUUCCGUACCCUGCUGGCCCAGCAAAACCCAAUCCUCUGCAGACCUUUCCUCUUCUACCACAGGCUAGCUCACUUCACGUUUGAGAACAAGACCUUGAUAGCCCAGGAAAAAGGUCCUCAUGGGCCUGAUGUCCUCCCUGGCAGUGUUUUCACGGACAUGAGAUUCACUGGGGUUGACUCCCCGCAGGAGGCCUACACUCUGGAUGAGUCCUUCUUUUGGACCUACAAUGUCAGUACAGGGAACUAUGUGACAGUCAUUUUGAGCCGUCCAGCAAACCUGAACAGAGUGCAGGUAAGAACAGGCUCCAUCGUGGAUGGAAAGUACACCCUAGAAAAGGGUCAAGUGGAGCUAGGCUACCAGCCUGAAGGAACGCCCCCAAACUGUACCAGCUUUGCCCUGCUGGGCCGUCUUGUGCAAGGGCAGAUGGAUCGGAUCAUUCCGAAAAGCGCCGGGCACCAAGUGAGCUGCGUGAAGCUGGCCGCGACCGCUAAUCAGGCCAGUGGUCUCAUGAUCAGGCAUAUCUACCUCUGGAGGGCAGGGGAUGCCGAAGACAGAAAGGCUGAUCAGAACUGAUGGUGUAUCAGAUUAUGAACAAUUAAAAGCUUGACGCCAUUUC